GAAAAAACAAAACACAGCUGCUUGGAUCAUGAUACCUUUCCCGUACGCCGUCAGAAAAAAAACGCGGCCUAGGAAACACAAUUUUUUCGUCAUCCAACUGCGUUGCCAUUUAUAGCAAUGGAUUUCAAGUAUGACGAAAAGAAGUGGUGUGCGUCCAACACCCGACUUUUACUGUCCCUUUACAAUGAACGCCAAGCUGAUUUUCGGGAUCCGAGAAGAAAAAUCAAGGACAUUUGGGGGGAAAUGGUCGUGGUCCUUGAAAGCCAGGGAAUGACAGACAUCGAUGCCGUUCAGCUGGAUCGGAAAUUUAGGAACCUGAAGAAGACCUACUACUGCAUAAGGAGCAAGCAUCUGGCGAAGGGGCCGCACUACCAUCCAAACUGGCUGUACUACGACGAGAUGUCCGAGAUUCUGAAAGAUGACCCUCUCCCACAGCCGCGGGCACUUACCAUCAAUGAUUAUGAUGAAGCGGUCGUCACUGCGGACACCGGUAUCCAGAAGGGCAGGAUGUUGUCCAUGGGCACCACUGUCAGCACAGUUAUUUCCCGGCAGGUUCGUCCGUAUCGCAAACGAAAGUUGCCAUUGGAGGAUGCCGAUACCGAGAUCCAGAAUGAGUACGAGGUGCACACGGAAUGGCCGCAGGAACAGGACCACAUCACAGUCUUAAAUGCCGCCGGUCCCAAUGCUAAUGAUUCGUCAGAACCCGCCGACGAGAUCUCCAUCAGCAACGCGGAGGAGGCAAUGAGACACCUAAGAGCGCUACAGGAGUACGCCAUGAUCCAGGAUAAUUUCCGGGCCAUCGGACUGCUCUUACAGGCUGAGAACGCCAUUCAAUAUCCAGCCAAGAGCAAAGACUUCGAGGUUGAUCAAACGUAGUGUCCUCACAAAAAAGCACUCAAAUUACUGAAAAAGUAACAAUACUUUUAAACGAUUUAUUUUAAAAGCACAUUACUAAUUGAUA